CUGGAGGAGCUGCGCAGCUGCAGGAGCAGCACCAGGGCUCCGGGAGGAGCUCCGCCGACCGGGAGCCCACGCGGGGCCGCGCUGCCCUGGACUCGCUCAUGAGGCCUCCGCUGCUUGGGGGAAGGAAGACCCGCGGCUACUCCCUAGGGCUCCUCGCCCUGUGCCUGGCUGCAGCCGGCUGCCUGCAGAGUCAAGGUGUGUCACUGUACAUUCCUCAGUCCACCAUCAAUGCCACUGUACAAGAAAACAUCCUGCUCUCUGUUGACUACUCCUGCCAUGGGGUACCCACCAUUGAAUGGACGCACACAUCCAACUGGGCCAUGCAGAAGAUCGUGGAAUGGAAACCAGGGACUCAGGCCAACAUCUCUGAGAGCCACAAGGACAGAGUGUCUACCUUUGACAAUGGUUCCAUCCAGCUCUCCAGCGUGGGUGUCAGGGACUCCGGUUACUAUGUCAUCACUGUAACCGAGCACCCGGGGAGUAGCCAGUUUGGCACCAUUGUGCUGCAUGUGUCUGAGAUCCGCUAUGAAGACCUCCACUUCGUUGCAGUCCUUCUUGCUUUACUUGCUGCCGUGGCUGCAGUGUUAAUCAGCCUCAUGUGGGUGUGUAAUAGGUGUGCGUAUAAAUUCCAGAGGAAGAGGAGACACAAGCUUAAAGAAAGCACAACUGAAGAGAUUGAGCUGCAAGAUGUUGAGUGUUAGCCAAGGCUGGGCCCAGUUACAUUCCUACCUCAAGAGGAAAACAUUUUCUAGCCGAAGGAACAAACAGCCAACUGGCUCUACAGCUUCCUGUGGUCCUGCCAUUCUGCCCACCCCAUGGGAUGGCCUGAAGGUAACACAGCUGACUGCACUGAGUGAAAGACCACGGAUUCGACAGAGUCAGUUCUAGGACCUGCACUGAGCUCUGGAAGAGAGACACUGAGGCUUUCAACCAGGAGCUUUGCUUGGCUGCAGCUUCAGGACGCUGGCUGUGGCCCCCGCCUGGCACACUAGAGGAGUCUCUAUGUCCAAGACUCCUGAUACACAGUGAGCACUGGAACACACCCUCUGUGCCUCUGUGCUCCUGUCCGCUCCACACACUGCCGCGCCCUCCAAACCCCUUUCUUGAUGAACCCCAGCAUCAGCACUGUGGGAGGUCCUGAAAAAGCCUGAGGCACUUAGACAAUGCUGCCUCAUAUCCAGAGGCAAAAAGAGCCUUGGGGGUGGGUGAAGAGCGCUGUUGUGCUGAGUGGAUUUGCUCAGAGGUGAGACCUAGUGGUUAGGAGCUUUAGGGAGAGGAGCUCAAGGUACCCCUGAGAGACUAGCUUUGGACACAGAGGCAAGGACAAUGUCUUUUCUCUUUGUCUCUUGUUCUGAACUUAGUUGCAUCUUUCCUCAUGUCCCAAACUUAGGGCAGUGUGAAGAAGAUGAAGCUCAUGUCCACUACGGGCAGCCUCUGGCCUCCUGGCAGCUGCACGAUAUCAUUGUGGAUGCUGAGCCUGCACAGUAGGGCGUGCAACUGCAGCCCUGGGCUUCAGUUCUGUUCCUGUUGCCAACACUGCAUGACUUGCUGCUCUCUUGCUUGGGCUGAGGAACACAGGGGUGUCUCCUACCUCACAGUAGGGCACCAAGAGAAGCACCCAGUAUACCCAAAGCAUCCUGAGCAGCUUAGGAAAAGCAUAAGAGCUCUUCAAGGGUCUGGAGAGCUAUACUGGGAAAUGCUAUACCAAAUACUGGAAGCUAAAAUGACCUGAGUUGUGGCUCUAGUGCAGAGUAGAUAUUGGGUUCUGGCUGGUGUCUGUCGGUCACAGCAUUUACCAGGAAGUUUUGCAUCCCAGCUUCCAUUUGGCAAGCUCUAAAAGCAGGCACGAGUGUAUUUUUCAUUCUCUCUUCUCUCUUUGAUAUUCCCAGCGACAACCAAAGUUAGCACCCUGGUUCUGAUGGAGGUUGAGGUCAUUACCUGUGUUUCCAGGCCUCAAUUGCAAAUUCGUAUGUGCAAAGACAUGCUAGAAUAUUCCUUUGUUUCUCCUUCAGGUCCCAAUGUCCUUAGCUUUUCUGUUUCUUGUGUGGAAGAUAAAGGGUCAUCUGGAGAACUUAGUCGAGGUCUUUCCCUAAAUAAUAAAGCCAAAGAUAGAGGAAGGGAUUAUUUGGACUAUUCAGACAGAGACUAGCAGUAACUGCAGAAGGGUUCCAAAAGCACCAGCAUACUUGGUUAAAAAGGCCAAAGAAC